GUUCAGUGAACAAAACUCAGUAAAACGCUUCGUUUUUAAACGUCUUAAGAAAAAAAAUUUUUUUUCUGAUAUAAAAAGCAGUCAAGACUAAUUACAGGUUAUCGUAGUUAUGCCUGCGCCACCAGUUGAAUUAGGAACACCAGUUAGAGUGUCACCUUUAAUUAAGCUUGCACGCUGGUCAUUCCUCAUUAUGGGUAUCUUUUAUGGUGCUUAUCAUCAAAACCGACUUGCUAAACGCGAGGUUGGAAUCAGAGAAAUUGAAGCAAAGCAGAAAGUUAUUCGUGAUGCCAAAUUGGCUGAAGAAAAGAUAAAAGCCACAGAAGAGGAAAAUAAAAUGAUUGAAGGAUUAUCGUCACUUUAAACAACAAGAACGAAGCUUUAUAAAUAAAUGCAACGGUUAUUAAACAUCUCACUCUAAAUUUAAAGAAUAUGUUUCCUUAAAUUUAUUGUCUAAUAAAAACUUAAUUAAACUUGAAUA